AUGGCUGCACUGUUUGUUAAAGAUCUUCACCCUGAAGUAUCUGAGGUGAUACUUUCGAGUAGAUUCAGACCUGCAGGACACGUCCAGUCUGUCCACAUUUGCAGGGACAGGAAGACCGGCUCUCCUCUCGGAUAUGCGUACGUCAACUUUCGCUAUCGAGAUGACGCUGAGAGAGCCAUCAACAUGUUCAAUUUUGAACUGCUCCUGGGGAGACCCAUGCGCGUCAUGUGGUCUCACUGGGAACCCACCGCCAAGCCCAUCAAGGGAGGAAACAUUUUCAUUAAGAACCUUGAUUGGUCCAUUGACUGCACCUCCCUCUUCGACACUUUCUCUGUGUUUGGGAGGAUCGUGUCGUGCAAGGUUGUGGAAUCAAAACGUUACGGGUACGUUCAGUACGAGUCAGCGGAGGCGGCGGCGCUGGCCAUCGAACGGCUGAACGGGAAACUCCUGAACGACCGCCAAGUCACCAUCGAGUACUUCAGGUCUUGGGAGGAGCGCAAGGUGGAGGUGCGCAGGGCCGAGAAGCCCAAGCUGGAGGCACGCAGGGCCGAGGAGCCCAAGGUGGAGGCGCGCAUGGCCGAGGAGCCCAAGUGGGAGGUGUGCAGGGCCGAGGAGGCCACGGCAGAGGUGUGCAGGGCCGAGAAGCCCAAGGCAGAGGUGCGCAGGGCCGAGAAGCCCAAGGCAGAGGUGCGCAGGGCCAGGGAGGCCAAGGCGGAUGUGUGCAAGGCCGAGGAGCCCAAGGCGGAGUUGCACAGGGCCGAGGAGCCCAAGCCCAAGGCCGAGGAGCCCAAGGCGAAGGUUUGCAAGGCCGAGGAGCCCAAGGUGGAGGCGCGCGGGGCCGAGGAGCCCAAGGUGGAGGCAUGCAGGGCCAAGGAGCCCAAGGUGGAGGUAGCCGUGGAGACAGCUGUCUCAGAAAUCAGAGUUCCGGUUCCACUUCAGGUGGAUAAAAUGGACGCCUUACUGCAGGCAAGAGAAGCUGGUGUCAUUCCGGAAAUCCUGAAGAGGACUUUUACAGAUGGAAAGAAGAAGAGAAAGAAGAAGAAGAAGAAGAAUAAGAGGAAAUAUUAAUGAACCCCAUCAUUCUUCUUCUUCUUUUUAUUAUUAUUAUUGUAAUUUUUUU